AUGAAGAUGCCCGAACCACGAAACCUUCAUGAGCUUAAGAGCUUACAAGGGAAGUUAGCAUACAUUCGAAGGUUUAUAUCAAACCUAGCAGGAAGAUGUCAACCCUUCAACCGGCUAAUGAAGAAAGGCAUCCCGUUCAUAUGGGAUGAGGCGUGCAAGAAUGCGUUUGAAAGUAUCAAGUCAUACUUGAUGAAGCCGCCCGUGUUGACCGCUCCUAUUCAUGGUCGCCCACUAAUCCUUUAUAUCUCUGCCCAAGAAAGCUCUGUGGGUGCCCUGCUUGCUCAAGAAAAUGACAACGAGAAAGAGAAUGCCCUCUACUAUCUCAAUAGAAUGAUGACCCCGAAUGAGUUAAAUUACUCCCCAAUCGAGAAGCUAUGUUUGGCACUAGUGUUCGCCAUCAAAAAACUCAAGCACUACUUUGAAGCUCAUAUCAUUCAACUUGUGUCGAAAGCGAACCCAGUAAAGUUUGUCAUGGCGAAGGUCGUUCUCUCCGACCGCCUUGCAAGGUGGUACUUAUUAUUUCAACAGUUUGAAAUCAUCUAUGUGCCACAAAAGUCUGCCAAGGGGCAAGCUUUAGCUGAUUUCUUAGCAGAUCACCCAAUACCGGCUGAAUGGGAGUUAUCCGACGACCUGCCUGAUGAAGAUAUGUACUUUGAUGGAGCUGUACACAGAGGAGGGGCAGGAGCUGGGAUCGUCUUCGUCACUUCGGAGGGUGAAGUGUUGCCAUAUUCAUUCACCUUGACGGAGCAAUGUUCAAACAAUGUUGCUGAGUAUCAAGCAUUGAUACUGGGACUAGAGAUAGCGGUUGACAUGAAACAACUAAGAAUCAACAUUUAUGGAGAUUCAAAGUUGGUCAUCAACCAAGUGGUGGGGCUAUACGAAGUAAGGAAAGCAGAGCUAGUCCCGUACAACAACUAUGCAAAGAUACUCAUACAAUGGUUGGGUGACGUCACAAUUGAACAUGUACCGAGAAAAGAGAAUAAGCAAGCUGACGCCUUGGCUGCAUUGGCUUCAACUAUUGCUCAUCCUACAGCCCGUAUACAAGUAUGUCAAAAGUGGGUAGUUCCACCUAUCUUCAAUGAAGAUGGCUCAGUAGAUGAAACUGUUGAACUCCCUACUGCUUCCGUUUAUGACAUUGGCCAAGAUGAUUGGAGACAAUCAUUGAUUGAUUACUUCGCCGAUGGGAGGUUACCAGAAGAUCCUCGUAAGAGGGUGGAUAUAAGGCGCCGAGCUCCUCGCUUCAUCUACUAUAAUGAAACUCUCUAUCGUCGUUCAUUUGAUGGAGUCUGGCUUCGGUGUCUUGGAGAAGAGGAGGCAUUACAAGCUAUGCAGGAGGCUCAUUCUGGAGAAGAGGAGGCAUUACAAGCUAUGCAGGAGGCUCAUUCUGGGGAAGAGGAGGCAUUACAAGCUAUGCAGGAGGCUCAUUCUGGGGUUUGUGGCGCGCAUCAGUCUGGCCCUAAGUUGCACUUCCACAUUAAACGAAUGGGCUACUAUUGGCCCACAUUGCACUUCCACAUUAAACGAAUGGGCUACUAUUGGCCCACAAUGGUGAAGGAUUGCAUAGACUAUGCUCGAAGAUGCCAAGCUUGUCAAUUUCAUGAAAACUUUAUCCAUCAGCCACCAGAACCUCUACACCCAACAGUUGCAUCUUGGCCUUUUGAUGCUUGGGGACUCGAUGUGGUUGGCCCGAUUACGCCCAAGUCAUCUACAGGGCACGCAUAUAUAUUAGCCGCCACUGACUACUUUUCGAAGUGGGCAGAGACCGUAGCGUUAAAGGAGGUGAAAAAAGAAAAUGUUGCAGACUUCCUCCGUGUCCAUAUCAUCUAUCGAUUCGGCAUCCCGCGAUAUAUCUUAACUGAUAACGGGAAACCCUUUGACAAUAAAUUAAUGGAUAAGAUCUGCAAGCUUUUUGACUUUCAGCAGCGAAACUCUUCAGCUUAUUAUGCAGCUGCAAAUGGGCUUACUGAGGCUUUUAACAAGACCUUAUGCAAUCUGUUAAAGAAAGUGGUCUCAAAGUCAAAACGUGACUGGCAUGACAGAAUGGAAGAAGCUCUGUUGGCUAUACAAGAGGGUCUUACUGACGAAGAAAAUGCUAAGUUACGCUUGGCUGAAUUAGAAGCCUUAGAUGAAAAGCGACUACAAGCUCAACAGAGCUUAGAAUGUUAUCAAGCUCGCAUGUCAAGAGCUUUUAACAAAAGAGUGAGGACCCGUUCCUUUCAAAUUGGUGGCAAGGUCCUAGCUGUUCGAAGGCCUAUCAUUGUGACACGAAAAACCGGCCACAAGUUCACUCCAAUGUGGGAUGGUCCCUACAUGGUUCAAGAGGUAUACACCGGUGGAGCUUACAAGUUAAUCAGCGAAGAUGGUCUGAGAGUCGGUCCAAUUAAUGGGAGGUUCCUGAAGCUCUACUACCCUUAA